GCGAGCAGUGUUUACUUCCUGGCAGGCACAUUUAACAAGGGUUUCCAAAAAGCUUUAAAUUGAUACUAAAAUACUAGCGACAGUGCAUUCCCAACAUGUCAAAAAUACAAUUGCUCAAUGUGUUUCUGCGUGAGCGAUUGAUAGCGGCUGCUGUAGAGAUAUUUGGAGUAGUUGAAAAUACGAUAGUAGAGUAUCAAGAAGAAAUCUCCCGUUCGAAGGAGGAGAGCAAACGGUUACAGACGCUGUUAGAUUUGGUCAUUAAACCACAAAUCAAGUUACAUAGAGCAGAACCUAGGCAGCAUGUCUCAGAAGAAGAGGAGAUGAGGGGCUUCAGUCUGCGGCAAGAAAGUUCAGAGCCCGCACAAAGUACCUUGGAACAGGACUUCAGGACGAGACUGGUAGAAGAGCAAUUGCAAGGGCCUGAGUCUCAUAGUCAUAACAUAGAGUUUGUGUUCACUCCUCCUUGUGUGAAAAGUGGGCUUGACCAGGACCCUUGGCCCUCGCACCUUUUUAAAACCCAGAUUGUGGAGGACAAUGAGAUUAAUAAUCUGUCGAGUACCCUAGUGGAACACAUGAAAACAGAACCUGAUGGAGAGGGCUACGGAGUACCAACGAGUGACCCACAGUUCCUGUUUGCAGUAAACGCACACUGUUCUGCAGCUCCGAGUGAAAACAUGACCCCUCUGCCACGGAAAACAAAGAGAGGGCGACCAUUUAGGCAUAUAGGAACACUGUCUGAAUUUAUGAAGAGACGCGCCUCAUACGAACGAUUUCGAUGCCAUGUCUGUGGAAAGGGGUUCCCAGCAAGGAAGGGUCUGGGAGACCACAUGACGACUCAUACAGGGGAGAGACCACACAGCUGUCACCUUUGUGGGAAAGGUUUCAAAGUGAAGAGUCAUCUGAACGAGCAUAUCCGAGUUCACACAGGAGAGAAACCGUUUGUCUGCCCAGUCUGCGGGAAAGCGUUCAGGCAGGACGCUCAUAUGAAAGGACAUUUGAGGAGGACUCACAAGGAGAACCCGUACCGAUGCCAUGACUGUGGCGAAAGCUUCAGUCAGAUGGGAGAGCUGCAAGUGCAUAGGACAGUGGCCUGUGGUCCGAUUGCCCUGGGCCUUUGACGUUACUGUCCUUUCCCUGAUGCCUUUGGUGACACAGACGUUUUAGUCUGGCAGUCAUGAUAAGGACAAUUGAAUUGUGUUAUUGAAGGAAAAAAGGAAGCAUAAUCUUUCCACAGAGUAAGAAAAGUUUGAGGGCGAAGCUCCUAUCUUUGCCAAAAUUCAUAAAUGGGAGGGUAUUUCUAGAAAGCAUGUAGCCUAUGUGGUUGGUUGUCUGUACAGUGCUGUGAAAAAGUAUUUGCCCCAUUUCCAAUUUUCUCUACUUAUACAUAUUUUGGAUACUGAAUGUUAUCAGAUCUUCAACCAAAAUCUGAUAUUAGAUGACAGGAACCUGAUUGAACAAUUAUAUAUAUAUAUAUAUAUAUACAAAAGUAUGUGGACACCCUUUCAAAUGAGUGAAUUCGGCUAUUUCAGCCACACCUGUUGCUGACAGGUUAAUAAAAAUCCCGUACUGAAGAGCCCAGUGAUUUUCAACGUGGCACCGUCAUAGCUGCCCUGUAAGUGCUGUUCUUGUGAAGUGGGAACGGAGCAACAAUGGCUCAGCCGCGAAGUGGUAGGCCACACAAGCUCACAGAACGGGCCCGCCGAGUGCUGAAGUGUGUAAAAAUCGUCUGUCCUUGGUUGCAAAACUCACUACUGAGUUCCAAACUGCUUCUGGAAAAAAACGUCAGCACAAGAACCGUUCGUUCGGGAGCUUCAUGAAAUGGGUUUCCAUGGCCAAACAGCCGCACACAAGCCUAAGAUCACCAUGCGCAAUGCCAAUCGUCGUCUGGAGUGGUGUAAAGCUCGCCGCCAUUGGACUCUGGAGCAGUGGAAACGCGUUCUUUGGAGUGAUAAAUCACCCUUCACCAUCUGGCAGUCCAAUGGACAAAUCUUGGUUUGGCAGAUGCCAGGAGAACGCUACCUGCCCCAAUGCAUAGUAGCAGCUGUGAAGUUUGGUGUAGGAGGAAUAGUUGUCUGGAGCUGUUUUUCAUGGUUCGGACUAGGCCUCUUAGUUCCAGUGAAGGGAAAUCUUAACGCUACAGCAUACAUUCUAUAUGAUUCUGUGCCUCCAACUUUGCGGCAACAGUUUGGGGAAGGCCCUUUCCUGUUUCAGCAUGACACUGCCCCCGUGCGCAAAGCAAGGUCCAUACAGAAAUGGUUUGUCGACAUGGUGUGGAAGAACUUGACUGGCCUGCACAGAGCCCUAAGCUCAACCCCAUCGAACACCUUUGGGAUGAAUUGGAACACCAACUGCGAGCCAGGCCUAAUCGCCAAACAUCAGUGCCUGACCUCACUAAUGCUCUUGUGGCUAAAUGGAAGCAAGUCCCUACAGCAAUGUUUCAACAUCUAGUGGAAAACCUUCUCAGAAGAGUGGAGGCUGUUAUAACAGCAAAUGUCCAUGAUUUUGGAAUGAGAUGUUCGACGUGCAGGUGUCCACAUACAUUUGUGCCAUGUAGUGUAUUUCAUAAAGUUAUGUAACACCCAAUGCUCCUGUGUGAGAAAGUAAUUGCUCCCUUACACUCAAUAACUCACCUUUAACUGCAAUGACUCCAACCAAACGCUUCCUGUUAGUUGAUCAGUCUCUCACGUCGCUGUGGAGGAAUUCUGGCCCACUCUUCCAUGCAGAACUGCUUUAACUCAGUGACAUUUGUGGAUUUUCAAGCAUGAACUGCUCGUUCAAGUCCUGCCACAACCUCUCAAUUGGGAUUAGGUCUGGAUUUAACUUUAAAUGUGUUGCUUUUUAGCCAUUUUCAGGUAGACUUGAUUGUGUGUUUUGGAUCAUUGUCUUGCUGCAUGACCCAGCUGCGUUUCAGCUUCAGCUCACAGACGGAUGGCCUGACAUUCUCCUGUAGAAUUCUCUGAUACAGAGCUGAAUUUAAUCCAAAACACAAAAGUCUAUAACAACCAGUUAUUGAGUGUAAGGUGGCAAUUACUUUUUCACACAUGGGAAUUGGGUGUUGCAUACCUUUAUUAAUAACAAAACAAAUAUAUACUUAUUUGUAAAUUCUGGUUCCCUUUAUCUAAUAUUAUGUUUUGGCUGAAGAUCUGAUAACAUUCAGUCCCCCCCCCAAAAAAUGUGAAAAUCAGAAAGGGGGCAAAUACUUUUCAGUGCACUGUAUGUGGUUCUCCAUCCAAUGUUUUUAAGCGAGUAAAGUCCGUCGGGGAUAAAAUGUCACGACAGCCCUGAUGGAAGCAGCUAAUUUGUCGGUACAGUUAACUUUCCAAAUGUCAACACAUGCUAUACAGAGUGGGAUCUUUUUGUGUCGGUAAAAUUAAAUUAUGCAACAAAUGGAGCUGGAAACGCCUUUAUGCUCAAAUAUCGAAGUAAAAGUCACAAGAUGAUAUAUUGUGUGGUCCUCCCACUGCGACUGGUGAAAGCUGGUGAAAGUGCACGGUGAUGAGCUUGAUCAGUUCCAAGAAAUAUAGACCGUCUUAAACUCUUAUUCUGGUCACAUGAUGAUCGAUGCUUGGCUGUUUGACAAAUCAAGGUAAUCUCGCUCUUUUGUCCAUACUAAUCUCAUCAUGUAGGAAAGACUACCUGCACUGUAUCUGCAAGCUGUUGGCUAGAGUACACGUGCCAAGACCAGAGUGGGCACAUAAGCUAUAUAACGCAAUUUUAUUUUUGACAAAACCAUCAAUAGAGUUGAAAAUGCAAUGGAAACCCAUUUAACUUGUAUUUUUAAUUCAGUACAUGGGAAUUUAACCACAAAAGUUUUAUCUUUUUAUGUCCACUACGUUAUCUGCAACAAGUCAAUUUGAUGUAAACAUCUCUGGUAGGAAAGUUUUUGAAUAUUCACAUGAAAAUCUGUCGCCAAUUGGAUGGAAACCGAAGCUAGUGAGUUCCAUGAGGAAAAAGUUAAGUCCAUGUAACUAGUUCUCUGGUACCUUGUAUUGUAUCUAUCAUUUCUGGAUCCUUGGAGCACUUCAAGGUAGUCAAACAGAUGGAUAUCCAUAGCUCGGGGGAGUCACUAAUGGGGUGCAUAUCACUGUCUUAAUAUAUAUUUACAAAAUCUGUACAUCUUGGAUGUCAUUCUCUUCCCUAUGUGUGGAAGACAGGUUUAUAUAUUUAAAAUGUAAACAACAUAGCCUAACAUUUUACUUACACCUAUUCAAAGAAUGCCAGUUCUCAAAUCUGACAGCUACAGUAUAUUAGGAAAAUAUGACAUAUUAUUAAAGGGAAUUAACUUGCUGUAUGUUUACCAAUUCAACUAUGGAGGGAACGUCAUUACCGAUAUGUACACUGAAAGGGUGUUUUCAGACAGACUUCAAAUUUCACUUUACUGUCCAAACACGCAUGCAGGGUAACUUUAUAAAUAGCUAUAGCAAGUCCUAUCUAUUGCAGCAUGAUUUUGGGCACUGUUAAAUCUCCAGGGGCGUGUUCAUUAGUGCACACGGCGGAAAACAUUUAACAAUUUAACGUAAAAAAAUUGAAAUACAUUACUGAAAUGUUGAUUCAUGUUAACUGUCCCUGUAAAAAUAUACUCAAUCAAGUAAAGUAAAACAAAUGAGCAUUUCUUAUUGAACAAGACUAGGUAGUCCCUCCUUUUUAGUACAUUUUCUUCAGUGUUGUGCCUAAUGAACGCGACUAGAUUCUCCUCGUUUUUACAAUGAGUCACGUGAAGUUUGUAUACGGGAAGGAGGUCCCCGUAAUUUGUAGGUUCCCGAGUAGCGCAGCGGUCUAAGGCAUUGCAUGUCAGUGCUUGAGGCAUCACUACAGACCCUGGUUUGAUUCCAGGGUGUAUCACAACUGCCCGUGAUUGGGAGUCCCAUAGGGCGGUGCACAAUUAGGGUUUGGACGGGGUAGGCCGUCAUUGUAAAUAAGAAUUUGUUCUUAACUGACUUACCUAGUUAAAUAAAGAUAAAAUAAUCAUUGAAUUUAGCUCCACUUGUACUACAGUUAUAUGACCAGUAGAGGCCAGAAAAGCCCAUCUUUCAAAGAGUGGUAGAGAAGAAUAGUGUAUUUCCCCUAUCUAGACCGAGACCAUGUGUAGUAGACUUGGGUCAAAACUCCUCUUAGACCAGAUUGGGCAAAUAAACCCCUUUGUUGCAGCACUCAUUCUGGGCUUGGAUACAUCACAUAUGCAUUUAAACCCUGUGUGGUUUGCAGCUCAAUAGCAUAUCUCAAAAAUACAGCUAGUCUUAAUACUCAUGUUGGGCAAUUCAGGCGGAUGUGUGUGUUUCAUAUGAUUGUGUUUUGCUUUUUGUGUUCUGUGUUUGCAUUUCAUGCAUUGUGUAAUUGAGGUGUAUACAAGAUAGGUAUAGUAUAAUUGUGGUUUAUUGAUGUGUUCAUGCAUCUGCGAAAGAAAUGUGGUCUCAGUGCUUAAAUAAAGGUAAAAAAUAAAAAAUGAAUAUGCACAA